UUAGUUCUUAUGGAGAACGACCCGGGAGUCUAAAUACUCUCGGUUUAUAUAUUUGCUUUGAAUUGUGAUGGAGAUGAUCCAUUGCCGGUUUGAACUAUACUCACAACAGAAUUACUUUAUCUAGUUUUCUGAAUUGGCAUAAAUUCUCUCUUAUCAGUUCUGUUCUGCUAUAGCUGUGGUAGUGCUCAGCUGCUGCUCUGUGAUGUUGAACUGUUACUGCUUUGCCUGUUUUGUUGUUCUAGUUUUUCUACAUCAAUUAUCAGUAGGUUAAUCUUUUCAUACUUUAAGCAUUCACGGUUAGGAUUUUGAUUUUGUUUAAUUUUUGUUGAUUGAUAUUGAUGGUUUGAGUUAAUUGUUCCUUUGCUAUGUGUGUGGUUUAAGAUCUGAGUUGUUGUAUGUUUUUAUGAAAGAGGAUUGAAACUUGUUAAAUGAAGUAAACUUUGUGUUUAGAUUUGUUCUUACCCCAAGAAACUCUGCUUGUGAUAAGUCGUUUUAAUUAAUAACUCUGCUUGGCGACAAUGUGUUUUGAAAGAGCAGGGGACUCCUACUGGGAGAAAAAGUCUAAGGCUGCUGGUCUUAAGGCGACUGCAAACCAUUUGAGCGAUUUGAAUCCUGAGGAUGCGCACGAAAUUCUUAGGCAAGCUGCUGAAAUUUUUGAAGGAAUAGGAAUAAUUAAUAUUGCAGCUCAAUGUUUUUCAGAUUUAGGGGAUCAUGAAAAAGCUGGUAGUUGCUGGGCGUUCUCCUCCACUAGGGCCAUAGAAGGGAUAAAUGCAAUAGUAACUGGGGACCUUAUAAGCCUCUCAGAACAAGAACUUGUGGAUUGUGACAAAACUAAUGAUGGAUGUGAGGGAGGGUACAUGGACUAUGCUUUUGAAUGGGUAAUGAACAACGGUGGCAUAGAUACUGAAACUGAUUACCCAUACACUGGUGUAGAUAGUAGCUGCAAUAUUACCAAGAGGUAAUUUGUAAAGGAGGAAUUCAAAAAAUUAUUGUAGCAUUUAUACUGAGCAUCGCAUCUGCUAAAAUAAAUAAAUAUGUCAGAGGGAUUUGAGAUUCAGCAAGAGAAUAAUGAAGGAAGUGACGGCAAGAGUAGUAAUGAUAAUGAGGGUGAGGAAAAUUCAUUUGACUUGAAUGAAGGAGCGGCUAUGAGUGAUAAUGAGGAAUUGGAAGAAGAGAAUAAUAAUGAAGCAAAGGAGGAGGAGGAGGAGGAUAACAAUGAAGAAGAAUGGAAUUCAACAAACCCAAGUAGCAGCAGCACAGCAUCAAGAGAAGGGAAGAGAGGGAGUGGUGUGAGACAAUAUGUGAGAUCAAAGAUGCCAAGGUUUCGUUGGAAUCCUAAUCUUCAUCUCUCCUUUGUCCAUGCUGUUCAGAGGCUUGGAGGUCAAGAAAGAGCAACACCUAAAUUGGUGCUUCAGCUAAUGAAUGUCAGAGGCCUAAGCAUUGCUCAUGUCAAGAUUCACUUGAAAGCAUUAAGGAAGAUGAUCGAGCCAUUUUGCUUGAAGCAGGGCUUACAUGAUCAUCAUCAGCAAAAUUCUAUGGAUCAUCAGCUGGGCUUAUAUAUUCAUGAGGAGUUAAUUGAUUUUCUGAAAGAAACUGGGCUGCAGUCAAGUGCAGCUGCCAUUAGAAAUGCUUCAACUAAGCUUUUGGGUGUUCUGCAUAGAUUUGUUAGUCCAGACAUCAAAGGGUUCCCUACUGAUGUUAAGCCUGCAAUGCUCAAGGCUCUUGAUACUGAGUAGGAGAAGAAUCCAUGAGGGAGCAUCUGCAGCUCCCAAGAGAUCAGUCAAAACAUCAUACUCAUCUUCCUUAGUUGCUGCUGGUGGGUUGGAUAGCUUGCCUCGUGAAGACAUUAGUGGAAAGAUUACUCCUACUCUCUUGAAGAGCUUGGAAAGUCCUAAGUGAAAAGUUUGAUUGACAAUAUCUUUUAAAUAAUUUGAUGUUGCUGGCUUGUUUUAACUAUUUAUUAUUACUGAAAUGAACGAUGUUAUUAUGAUGUUUCAUGACAUUCUUCUGUGAUUUCCUUUUAGGUUCGUAUGGAGUCAGUUGAAGCUGUAAAUAAAAUACUGGAAGAGGCAAAUAAGCGCAUUCAAGCAAAUGGAACUGGGAUACCAACAUGCAAAGCUGCUUUAACUUUGCUUAUGGUAUUUGGUGUUGGACCAACAGUUUUUGGCAAUGUGUCUAAUGUCCAUAAACUUGUGAGGGAAAAAAAUGGAAGCGUGUUACGUGCCUUCACAGCCUUGGCUAUGGUCGAGUUCAAGCAAGAGUAAGGGCUCGCAGAAUCCAGUUAAGUCAUGAGAUGAAGCAACAUGAAGCUACAAUGAAGAGGGAGAGAUUGAUAUUUUUUUAUCCCAAUGUAUUUUAUAACUACUUGGGUUAUAAGAGAUGGAUAUAGCUAAUUUGGUUUGAAUUUUAUUAAUGUAAUACUAAUUUUCAUUAACAUAUUUUUUUAAAUGAUAUUCACAUAUUUUUGUCAAUGUAUUUU